UUGGUCCAUCUCUGCCUGUGGAAGGGGGAGCUGAAGGGAGGCAGAAGGUGAGUAAGGCCAAAUCAAAACCCAAACCCAGAAUCCCAGUCAGCCUCACUCGGGUAGCUGAGGGGCCAGAUGCUGCAGGUCCCCGAUCUGCCCCCGCCCUGUCUGAACGGCCCCUCCCUUACUGGUCCCGCUGGAACAGUCAUGCUUUCCUCUGUGACAGCCCUGUGGUGGCCCACCGGACUUGACACAAACUUUCAAGGUUCGUUAACACACGCAGCAGCCACUGGGGCCCUUCUGUGCACUAUCAGCUCUCCUGCUUGAAGGCCAAGCUGGCACGCUAUUUGGGGUCACGAGGAAGAAUGGAGAACGCAGCCACCCCAGAGAGGCCCCGGCGUGAAGCAGGGCAAGCUCUCUCCAGCGGCUGAGCACUGCCCUGGGCGUGGCCAGGGUGCCCGGCAGGUCCACUCCUACAAGAAUCUGCAAGCUUCCUCCCUUCCUUCCUCCCUCACCAACCUACCUGGAGGCAGGUAAUAAAGCAGGCGGAGGGAGAUGGAUGGAUGGGGAGGGCGGAGAGCCACGUGGUGCCAUAAAGCCCAGCUGGAGAGGGCCUGUCGCGGGAGUGUCCAGACUGCAGGAGCCAGCGCGCUCAGAAGGUGGACUGUCAGCCUUGUGAGAGUCGGAGCCGGAGCCGGAGCCGCAAGGCCCGGGAGGAGGCCAUGCACCGAGGUGCGCCAGGACCAGGCCUCGGGGGCCUGAAGGGGGCCGAGGACUCUGCCGAGGACUUGGGGAACGCUUGCCUGGGGGCUAGGAGGGAGUUUGGGGUGCUGAGGGAGAACGGCCAGCCCUGCGGCCUGGGCGAGGCAGAGGAGACGGCGGGCGGCCGAAGGCGCAGCCGGCCCGUGCGCUCCAAGGCGCGGCGCAUGGCGGCCAACGUGCGCGAGCGCAAGCGCAUCCUGGACUACAACGAGGCCUUCAACGCGCUGCGCCGCGCGCUGCGCCACGACCUGGGCGGCAAGCGGCUCUCCAAGAUCGCCACGCUGCGCCGGGCCAUCCACCGCAUCACGGCGCUCUCCCUCGUGCUGCGCGCCAGCCCCACGCCGCGCUGGCCCUGCGGCCACCUGGAGUGUCACGGCCAGGCCGCGCGCGCCGGGGACGCGGGGGACCCCGGCUGCCGUCCGCCGCAGCCUGCGCCGCUGCCCGCCGGGCCCUUCGCGCCGCGCUGUGCCUCGUGCUUCCCGCACGCGCCCCUGGGACGGCCCACGGCGGUGGCCGAGGCACAGGGUGCCGCCCAGACCUCCGCAGGAAGCUGGCGUCGAUGUCCAGGGGCUCCUUCUGCCUGGCCGCGAGGCCACCUGCGAGCGGGUCCCGGGAUGGGCUACCAGCACUCCUGACCGGGCACCGAGGGCCCUCGCGGGCCUGGAUGGAGACCGGCCUGGGAGGAGCCAAUGGCAGGAUGACUCCAGGAGGGGAGAUUAUAAAACCAUCCGGAGCAAAACUGAAUGGGCUGAGGCCUGAGGGGGAAAGGAGGCCCUUUGCCAGUGAGAAGGAACUCUGGAGCCUGGGGCUGCACCCACCCCCCCCAGAUCCCCACAACCCCAGCCUCCUCUGAAAGGAGCAGGAUCCUGCUGGGCUCUUACCUUUGGACUUGAACUCCUUUUGGAAAGUGACCUUUGUUUGCAUUGUGGGCCUUGGGGUCCUAUUGUCUUGCUGCUUUUUAGGAGAAUGGGGCUCUGGACAGAGGGGUUGUGCAUGGGGGUGUGGGUGGCACCUGGUGUGGUCUGAUAGCACAGUGUGGGGUCCCCUCCCCCUGCCUGUGCAGAUGCCCCAAGUCUGAUCUGGGAGAGGCAAUCAGAAGCAGCCAAAUAAAAAGAAGCUGUCAUCCCCGUUUGCUCCCAGGACUCCAUUAGGCCCAGGAGCCCAGGGUAGCAGGAAGGCCUGAGGGGCUUGAGGCCUGGAGGCUCACCCUGGAAUGUUUGGCCACAGCCGGAAGCCCACAGGUAGGUACUUGGAGACACUGUACCAAGUUCAUGGGAACACCCAGGUGUGCUGAGCCCUGGGAGGGGCACCAUGGGAAAGGACAUUAUUUGGAGGGAGAGCCGGACUGGGAAGUUCCUCUCUGGCCCCCCUGCAGAGCUGCAGUCUGCGCUUAGCCCCGGGAGGGUGGCAAUGAGCAGAGUCUAGGCCAGUCUCAGGGAAGGAAGCUGAAGGCAGGGCCAAGGAUUGGGGGGUCAGUAAGUUCUGUCUGUACCCCAAGCAGUGGGUGGCUGGAGCUCCCAGGGACGAGUGGGGCCAGUGCAGAGGGGCAGACUUGGAAUCCAGGAAAGUGGGGCCUCGGGCCAAGGCUGCUGAGAAAAUGUGCGGGAUGGCCGGCUCCUCAGAGAAGUCUGGAGAGCUGCUGUGUCUAAGACGAGUGCUCCCGAGUCCGUGUCAGGCCUCACUCAGGCUGACCUGGCUGACGUUGCACGGACUGCUUGCCGAGGUGAGGACACGGAUGUGCUGGAGGAGGUCUGAGGGCUUUCUGGUCUCCUUGGAGAGCUGGGCUCUGGC